GGACCCCUCAAAGGAAGAGCUAUUGUAUCGUUCUGCCUUCAAUUGAUAGUAAAGGUUUGACACCUUACUCAUCGAUAGGAUUUACAAUCAUGCCUUGGUGAGGUAGUGUAUAUUGUUUACUUCCAUUACAGACUGGAGACUUGAGGGUAAAGAUGAGCCAAUCCCCAGAGGAUAGCUUAACCACUGCAGCCUGGCAGCCUGACGGCAAAAAGUUUGUCACCGGAGGCACCAGGGGACAGUUCUAUCAAUGUGACCUUGAUGGUAACAUGAUGGACUCAUGGGAAGGUGUAAGGGUCCAGUGUAUGGCCUGUCAGAAUGACGGCAAGAGUGUCCUGGCCGCUGACACCCACCACAGAAUACGAGGCUACAACUUUGAUGAACUUACAGACUACAACAUAAUUCAGGAAGAUCAUCCCGUCAUGUCUUUCACAUUAAACGAAACGGGGAGAUUAGCAUUAUUGAAUGUCGCGACUCAGGGUGUACAUUUAUGGGAUUUAAAAGAUAGGUGCUUAGUUAGGAAAUUUCAAGGCGUUACACAAGGAUUUUACACAAUACACUCAUGCUUUGGAGGUCUCAACCAGGACUUCAUCGCCAGUGGUAGUGAAGAUCAUAAAGUAUAUAUAUGGCAUUUACGAAGAGAAGUGCCUAUAGCUGUGUUAGAAGGUCAUACAAGGACAGUUAAUUGUGUUCACUGGAACCCCAAAGUGCCUGGGAUCAUAGCUAGUGCUUCAGAUGAUGGCACUGUUCGAAUUUGGGGACCUAUCGAUAAAGUGAAAAUAGGUAAUGGUGCAGAGUCAGGACGGAGUACACCAGUAUAGCAAAAGACAAAUUGUUAUUCAUAGACUAUAGAUCUUUCACUGUCUGGUCUGACUGCCAGCUCUGAUCAUCAACACAUCUCCACCAGACAUCUCUCCAUCUCUCUAUUAUUUAUGAGUGGUAGUAAAACGCACGUUACAUCACAGUAGCUACUGAAUGUAAAGGAUAUCUUAUGACAGAAAUUAUAAUUCCUUGAUGCAUCGAUGUAUCCAUUCAUACCACCAUUGUCCAUGUUUUCUCAUACUCAAUGUGCCACUCCAGAAGUGGCGUCACAGCCUUUGUACCAAAGGUUAACAGAUGUGUCACUCACUAUGUGAUAGAACACGAAACUGUCGGUCUCCACUCAGAUAUUUUUCAACAGGUAGUCAACAUUUAAAACAUUUGGGGAUAUAGUAUACUGUGUUGGGCCGUAUUGGAUGGUCAUUCCAACGUUUGAUAUUGUAGUGAUCAAAAGAUUUACGGAUGCCCAUAGAAUCGUACCAAACAGGUUGGUCAUUUUAAAGUUGCAGUGUUUGAACACGGCAUCAGAGUUGCAAUUGAUACUGAAAUGUAGUUUCCAGAGUGUUUUGUAGUGGAUGUUCAACAACAUUGUACAUAUACUUUAUAUAUAAGCACAACACUCCAUGUCUUAAAUGUCAAACAAGAAAAUCGACUUCUUCAGUUUUAUAUUAAAACUAGUAAAAAUUAGGGCUUCCAAAAUAUUGCACAUACCAAGAAGCUCCCAGCUAUACACCUGGAAGUUCUAAACACCAGGAACUGUGUACAGACAUUGUUUUAAUCUACCUGAAAAGAGGUGCAAAAUCUUGUUGUGAAUAUAUGUAAUGGGAACUACAUCUACUUGUUUUAGUAUGUCCAUUCUUACAUGUAUCACCAUCCUUAGUCUCGUGUAUAGCCACAUACAUAUUUGGGUUUAAUGUUUCUUGUGCAGUGUUAAACACUGCUAGAGCAAUGUUGUUUGUUUGAAACAGCUUGGUAGCUUAAGUUUAAUACUUACUUAUGAAGGUUUCUCAACAAAUAUUACAGGUGACAACUUGACCUCCAAAUUUCCCUACAGCGUUUUACCUACCAGAUGCUUCUGUGAUAAUGUUAAUCCAUCAGAGAUUUAUUGUUGAUUGUUUAGAAAGCACUAUGAUAUUCCUAUUACAUGUAUUGUUAAUAAUAAACAAUUGGGAGUUCUUUGUCUAGGUGUCCAAGGUCUGAUUAGCUUUGGGAUACACCAACACAGCAUUUUAAACUCAUUAUUUUCAAACGAUGGAAAUCGAAAACUCAAUUUGUAUAUUUAAAUAUUUAAAAUGAUCUAAUGACAAAAAAUAAAUGCAAAUGUUUAUAUAGUUAGAUUAACUCACAUUUUGAAAAUUAACAUGAACAAAUUUUAAACUGAUCAGGCUUUCAACACCUGGGCCCGAUUAAUCAGCAAAUGAUUUCUAUACCCAGUCCAAAUGAUAGACAUCUGUACUUAUGGUAAAUCUGAUGAUAUUUAAGCUUAGUGGGAAAGAGGCCCAUGUGACAUUAUGAACACAUAGUUUUCUACUAAGGUCCUAAGCCCUAGACGUUCAACCUAAGGGAUCUUGUAGUGUACUUGAAAAGUGACUUGUGUGCCCUUUACCAGUCCUAUUUUGUCUGGUACAUUUUGUAUUUAUAAGAGACAAAAUAGACCGUGGUUUUAGUAGAAGUUGAUGUGUUCAGCUAUAAUCAACCUACAAUUAUCUACAUACAUGCAUACAGCAGCAAUGUGGUGUACACGUAGUCUGAUUUCCACGAAUUUUGACGCCUGAGUGUUAUUUCAGUGAAACUGAGGAGACUAAACC